CUGACCGUCAACUUCUGUAAUGCCAUGUUGUCAUUGAGCGACAGACGUUUGAACUGAAGUUCCCGCAGGAAACCAGCAAACAAACUACGUCAUUCAUUGGUGGACUGCAUUAGUAUUCACUCUUUCGUUCACUACGCCUACAAACUCGAUAAGCGUGCCAUUCAGCUAAGCAGUGCUGCCGCAGCCGGUGAGACCUCUGACCAUCUCUUCUAUCUUCUUAUCUUGUUGACUUGGGCCGGGUAGAAGUAAAGGCAAGUGGCUUGUGUAGUACCAAACCAUCCUUUGAAUGUUUGUGGCUCGCCAAGGCCUUCAAGCUCUUUCAAAAGCCUUACCAUCAACGACAUCUUAUCUCCAGAAAAGAUCUCUAGCUGCAAUGAGUGUGGGAAACAAAUUUGAUUUACCUGACCGCUAUCGCGGAUCAGAAAAGAGUGUUUGGGUUGAGUAUAUACAGUUAGCACAGGAAACUCAACCGCUCAAUCUUGGCCAAGGGUUUCCUGAUUUCGCAGCGCCAGACCAUGUUACUAAAUCAUUAGCUGAGGCCUGUACUGGAGAAAAUGUUCUUCUGAAUCAGUACACACGUGGAUUUGGCCACCUACGAUUGGUCAAGGCGCUGAGUCAGCUGUAUUCAAAAGUUAUCGGUCGCUCAAUUGAUCCUGCAACUGAGGUGCUAGUCACUGCUGGUGCAUAUGAAGCUCUCUUUGCAACAAUUAUGGGACAUACUGGCCCUGGUGAUGAAGUUAUCAUCAUUGAACCUUUCUUUGACUGUUAUGAGCCCAUGGUACGGUCAGCAGGAGGUACUCCCAAGUUUAUACCUCUUAAACUGGUAAAAUCAGGUCCUGGCCCAAUUUCAUCAGGUGAUUGGAAACUUGAUGUCAAUCAGCUGUCGUCAAUGUUCAACAGCAAAACAAAAUCCAUCAUUGUCAACACACCCCACAACCCUAUCGGGAAAGUAUUUACUCAGGAAGAGCUAACAGUCAUUGCAGACCUGUGCAAGAAGUGGAAUGUUCUGUGCAUCUCUGAUGAAGUGUAUGAGUGGAUGGUUUAUAAGCCUUUCAAACAUAUUAGAAUGGCUACCCUACCUGGAAUGUGGGAGCGCACCAUUACUAUUGGAUCAGCAGGAAAGACAUUCAGCGUCACUGGCUGGAAGACUGGUUGGGCGUACGGACCUGCGGAACUCAUGAAGAAUCCCAUGACAGUGCAUCAGAACUGUGUUUACACUUGCACUACUCCAGUGCAGGAAGCAGUUGCUAGAGGAUUUGAGUUUGAAAUGUCAAGAAUGGACUCUCCUGAGUGCUAUUUUUAUAGCCUUGCUGAAGAGCUCUUGCCCAAGAGAGACUUCAUGGCCAAAUUUCUCAGUGAAGUUGGAAUGGUUCCCACAGUUCCAGAAGGUGGCUACUUCAUGAUAGCUGAUUGGACUCCUCUCGCCAACAAAGUGGAUCUCAGCCAAGAAAAGGAUAAGUACCGAGACUACAAGUUCACCAAAUGGAUGUCCAAAAAUGUGAAGCUACAAGGUAUUCCCCCGUCAGCAUUCUACAGUGAGCCAAACAAGCAUCUCAUUGAAGAUUAUGUGCGCUACUGUUUUAUCAAGAAAGAUGAAAACUUGCAGAAGGCUGCAGAAAUUUUACAAAAGUGGAAGGGAAGCAAGUAGUGUGGAAGAUAUUUGGGAUGCUUUUUGUUAUAUUUUAUGUAGGUGUUUUGUUUUCAUAUGAAUCUUUAUAUAUUAUGUAUGUAGGACUUUAAGAACCAUAAGAAUAUAAUUUAUAAGUUUGUGCCAUGUA